CUUUGCUUUGGUACAGCCGUCUGCAUAAGUUGUCAAAAGCAACGCUGACUGACACUCACAAAUUCCAAUGAAAAUUGUUUUUAGAUUCUGUUGAGAAGAUGAGGAAGACUGCCAUAUUUUUGCCAAGAUGUAAUACGAGAGUCCGACACUUGGGAGUUUCUGAGGCUCACCGUAAUGAUAUUUUAAAGUGUCUAGUAACCUCUCUUGUUCAAAACGAAAGGAUUGUUACUACUUUGGCAAAGGCCAAAGAAAUGCGGCGUUACGUGGAACGAACUAUAACAGCAGCAAAGCGUGGAGAUAUUCCACAACAAGAAUGGGCUCAAUAUCUGUCCAAUCCAGGAGCUAUUGAGAAGGUCAAAACUUUAUUGGCAGAGAGAUAUCGCAAUCGACCCGGAGGAUAUGUGAGAGUGUUAAAGAAUGGUUUUCGGUUUGGUGAUGGUGCACCGCGUGCUAUCGUGGAGUUGGUAGAUUCUCCCAAUUCUAUCUUUAGUCAUCCACUCUACAGAAAUAUAAGCCCUGAAGAGAACAAGACAUAGAGAGACAAGAGUCACUUGCAAAUAUAUUUUGCUUAUUUGUUUUGGAAACAUUACUUGAUAUGCAUUAUGAAGGAAAAGUAUAGAAACUUUCACUUUGCCUGAAAACAUUAUUGAUUAGUCCCUUUCGAUCUAUUGAAAGAAAGCCAUAAUAAAUAUUGCCGAUAUUUCUUUUUGGUAUUCAUUUGUCUGUUGCUUGUUGUUUCUUUGAGCAUGAUGGCUCGUUAUACUUAUGAACGACAUUCACUGCAGUGUUCAUUUUCAUCCAUAGAUCAUAAUAAAGCAUUGUUGACCUAA